UCGUGCCAUAUACGCUGUUUUAGGUUGGAUUCUGUGAUUAUUUAUUGCAAUCCAACUACAUAAGUAAUUUUUAUUUAUUUAUUUAUGGCCUGUAAGAACGACCUAAAAACUAAAGUGUUAUGGAAUUGCAAUUCCAUUUUGUGCUGUUAUUCCACCUAAUUUGAUAAAAACGUCAUACGAAGAUAUGAUUACUAGCAACGAUAAAGUAAACCUAAUCCAGAGGAUUAUGUUUUAAUAUAACUGGGAAAAGAUGGCCACGGCCUAUGUAACCAGUGACGAACUCUGGCGCGAGUGUGCUAGUUGGCUGACACAAUGGGACGUCCUACGCAGUGAUCACAGAGCCAAUUGGCCUAAUGCUGGAAUUGUUGAUCUUGCCAAUACUCUUCGGGAUGGUGUAUUACUUUGUACGUUACUUAAUAAGAUAGAUCCCGGUUGCAUUGACAUGAAGGAUGUUAAUUUAAAGCCGGCAAUGGCACAGUUUUUGUGCUUGAGAAAUAUACGAUUAUUCUUAAGGACUUGCAAUGUCACUUUCGGAAUUAAGGAAUCAGAUUUGUUUGAGGAGUUGAUGCUAUUUGAUCUAACAAAUUUUCAUAAAGUGUUAUGCACCAUCUCCAAGCUGUCACUAAGUCCCAAGUCUUUGAAGAGUAAUAUACCUGGAUUUUCUGCUCAAAAUGUUCAAUCUCGUGAAGAGGAGGAUAUAUAUCAGAGUCUGAAGUCUGUGUUUCAAUUUACAACACCACAAUACGCAGAUAAUUUACCAAAAGUUGCGUAGUAUUAUCAUAAUUGGGAAUUAAUUGUUCGAUAGUUUUACCUAGCAUAAAUUAUCUGUAAUGACUCGAAAAUGUUUUAAUUUUUCAAUAUCUUUUUGGGAGUAUAUUUUCGAAUAUUCAUUGAUUUCUCAGAACAGUAAAAAUCUCAAAACACUGGAACUCUUGCCAUCGUUCAAGUAGCAAACACAACAAAAAAAUUGGAAAAUUGUGGUUUGUUGGAGUUUUUGUUAAAUACCUUAUCAUUGUGGUUUUUGUUUGCAUAUCUCUUUCAAACUUUUAUCUUUAGAUUAUCCCACAUAUUUGAUGAAUGAAAUAGACUGUGUUAUCAACAAAAACUGAUGGUCCCGGAAGUGUAAUGUAUCAGGAAAAUACUAAAUUAAAAUGUGAAGUUGUAGAAUUCUGUAUGUAUUUGCCGAGGUAUUUGCAUUUCAAGUGAGUUUUAGUGGUUGAAAUGAUCUUUCACCUACGUCCCGACCAGGUGUGUUACCGAGAAAAUUCCUGGGUGGCAAAGAUUCAUAGUUGGUUGUUAAUAGGGCAAUUUAAAUCUUUAAUUUCCUCUGGGUUUUCACUUUACUUUUGCCACGGCUUUUGUUAAAUAUUGUACUGGUUUUGUUUCAUAGGAGAAAAAGAGACAACAUGGCAAUUACAAUUUCUUAUGUAUGCUGUGUAUCUACUACAAGGUCACAGAUAGAAGGGUAAAUAUGUCUGAGCCCGCCCCAAGGCGUUUUUCAAUUGUAUUUUAACAGAAAUUGUUUGCCAAUAAUGAUCUAAGUGUUGAAAUGAAACUGUAUUUUUUUAAAUCCAUUUUUGAAUUAUUUUUAUUGGUCGUAGAAUUUGGCACAGAAUUCGACAAUGGAUUUAAAAAAAUACUGUUCAAUUAAAAAAAUCAACUUUGAUAUCAAAAUCUACUUUUUUGACGUACCCUGUAUAUUUAAAAUCCGCAAGAAAAAAUAUGCUAGAUGUGUGUGAGUAUUUUUUAAAACCCAACACCUGAUUUUUAAAUGAAUUUGUUUCAUAUUUUAGCCCCUUACUUUGUACUAUUUUACGCUUCCCCUCGCGUUUCUCUAUAUAUUUCUACAGUAUUUUUUAUAACCAUUUGCAGUUAUAUUUCUCAAGUCUGAAGAGACAAACAGGUGGCGAUCACACCUUGCAGAAACUGUGCAACAACUGCGUGUUCGCCUCUAAGAUAUAUACAGCCAACUCACUUUUAAUACUCGAGCUCUUCCAAAAACAAUUCAGGCACCUUUCUACCCAUUGAUGGGUCGACCUUACAUACCAAACUUGCUACACUGUUUCAAUUGUCAAUAGUUUCGACAU